UUGACAACAACAGGAAAAUAACACACACAAAAUUCGCAAGAAAAUCGUACCGAAACGCAAAAUCCGCAAAUAAACUUACCAAAUUUCGCGAAUAACGCUACGUAUGGCGCUCGCUUAGUACCGGUGGCACUGAAACUGUCUUUAAAAUCGUUCGUCUUACGGAUUUUGCGUUCCAAUCGCUCGGAAAAGUGUCUCGUUGUGCAUUCCGAAACACACCCGCAUCGGAUUGAGUGCGUGAUUAGGUACAGCAAUCAUACUCCCUCCCAAAAAACAAUCGAUACCUUCCCGUUGGCUGGGAGUUGUUCGUUGGCAAAGCUUGUUGUGACCGAAAGAAGCUCGAAAUAAUCGCCGGGCCCAGCCGACCGCGAGCAGUCUAUGCUAUGUUGCAUAGCGUUGCCAGAAUCCCGCUAGCGAACUAUUUGCGGUGCUGCACAUCGACCAACCAUCAUCUGCGAAAGGUGCCCCGUACCGGUGGCUUGAGCUGCAGUCAACUCGGUGCGCAGGGUGCCACAACCGUUGACUGUUGCUCGUUCUCAACCAGCCCCACCGGGUUGCUGUUCCAUCAGUUUCCUUCCCCACCGGCAUCCCCACAGCACCAGCAGCAGCAGCCGUCUUCAUCUCAUCCACUAGCGUCCGCAACGCAAGUACGUUCCUCCAGCUCGACCCAUUCGAAAGGACCGUCAGGCAGCGGCGGCAUGGAAGCCAACUCGAGUGGUGCCACCAGCGAGCCAAAGUUUACUAACCGGCUGAAGGAGGAAAAGUCCCCCUAUCUGCUUCAGCAUGCGCACAACCCCGUCGAAUGGUACCCUUGGGGUGAGGAAGCGAUUCAGCGAGCGAGGGCGGAGAACAAGCUCAUCUUCCUAUCGGUGGGCUACAGCACCUGCCACUGGUGCCAUGUGAUGGAGAAGGAAUCGUUCGAAAACGAGGAGGUGGCCAAAAUUAUGAAUGAACACUUUAUCAACAUCAAGGUGGAUCGGGAGGAACGGCCCGACAUAGAUAAGCUGUACAUGAUGUUUGUGCUGCUGAUAAACGGAUCCGGUGGAUGGCCAAUGUCGGUGUGGUUGACGCCGGAUUUGGCACCCGUCACGGGGGGGACCUACUUCCCACCGAACGAUCGUUGGGGUAUGCCCGGCUUUACGACGGUGCUGACGAAGCUGGCCAGCAAGUGGGCGACGGAUAGGGACGAGCUGACUACGACGGGCCGGUCCGUGAUUGAGGCGAUCCGGCGCAAUGUGGAUCACAAGCGGGCGGACGAGGUGGAGGAUGCGACGGGUAUGGAAACGCUGGAAGCGAAGUUUAAGCAGGCGGUCAACAUGUACCAGCGCAACUACGAUCCGGUUUGGGGUGGAUCGCUCGGUGCGCCCAAGUUCCCGGAAGCGUCCAAGCUCAACCUGAUGUUCCAUCUGCACGUGCAGGAGCCGAAGCACAAGGUGCUGGGUGUGGUGCUCAACACGCUGGACAAGAUGGCGGCCGGUGGUAUACACGAUCACGUGUUCGGUGGCUUUGCCCGGUACUCGGUCGAUAAGAAGUGGCACGUGCCACACUUCGAGAAGAUGCUGUACGAUCAGGGCCAGCUGCUGUCGCUGUACGCGAAUGGCUACCGGUUGACGCGGAAGCCAUCGUACCUGGCCGUUGCUGACGCGAUCUAUCGCUAUCUCUGCAAGGAUCUGCGUCACCCGACUGGAGGCUUCUACAGUGGCGAGGAUGCCGAUUCCCUGCCCACGGCGGACAGCGAGGAAAAGAUCGAGGGUGCCUUCUACGCGUGGACGUACGACGAGAUCAAGGAGCUGCUGCAAGCGAACUUGGACAAGUUCGGUGAUCUGGCCGGUGCCGAUCCGGUGGCGGUCUACACCGGCCAUUACGAUGUAAAGGAGGAGGGCAACGUUAAGCCGACGAGCGAUCCACACGGCCAUUUGCUCGGCAAGAACAUUCUCAUCGUGUACGGAUCGGUGCGGGAAACGGCAGAAAAGUGCAAAACGACGGAAGAGAUCGUGGAGCGCAUCCUAAAGACGGCCAAUGAGCUGCUGCACGAGGUGCGCGAUAAACGGCCCCGACCGCAUCUGGAUACGAAAAUUCUGUGCGCCUGGAACGGGCUCGUACUUUCCGGGUUGGCCCAGUUGGCCUGCGUGAAGGAUGCACCGGCCCGGAGCGAGUAUCUGGCAACGGCCACCGAGCUGGUGAAGUUCGUGCGUGCGAAUCUGUACGACGUGCAGGCGCGGAAGUUGCUGCGAUCGUGUUACGGGGGCGCUGAAGAGCCGUUGGCAUCGGAGAGGCCAAUUUACGGAUUCAUCGACGAUUAUGCCUUCCUGAUCAAGGGCCUGAUCGAUUACUACGUUGCCUCGCUGGACGAGCACGCACUGCACUGGGCGAAGGAGCUGCAGGACAUCCAGGACGAGCUGUUCUGGGAUCCGAAGCAUGGUGCCUACUUCUACUCGGAGGCCAACUCUCCGAACGUGGCCGUUCGGUUGAAGGAAGAUCACGAUGGUGCCGAACCGUGUGGUAACAGUGUCGCCGCACACAACCUGCUCCUGCUCAGCGACUACUUCGAGGAGGAACGGCUCAAGGAGAAGGCACGCACCCUGUUCGACUACUUCGCACACACGGCCCAUUUCGGGUACGUCCUGCCGGAGAUGAUGUCGGCCGCGCUGCUCGAGGAACAGGGCCGCAACACGCUGAUCGUCGUCGGUCCGGAAAGCCCCGACGCGACCGCACUGAUCGAUGCGGUACGCGAGUUCUACGUGCCCGGUAUGAUCACCGUGCAGCUUAAGAUCGAUCAGCCGGCGCACAUUGUACGGCGCCGCAAAUCGCUCGACAACUUUAAGAUGGUGAAAAACAUGCCGACCGCGUACAUCUGCCACAACAAGGUGUGCCAUCUGCCGGUGACGGAACCGGAGCGGCUUACCGAAGAGUUUCAGCCACGGUACACGUUCGAUUACCAGGAGUAUGAGAACUGAUUCUUCGAGGCCUAAGGUUUUCCCAAGCAAGUAUCCCUCCCUCACCCCAUUUCGCCUGCUCACCGUGCUAGCGAGAGCUGUAGGGCAGGGAAUGAUUGCACAAAAAGGAAGGCUGGUGGCCGUAGAGAGCGAAUGCUACUGAACGGAACUGCGAAGAAGAAGGAUGGACGAGGACAGUUAUUCUGUAAGGUAAACUACAUUGUGAUGAAUAGAAAUGGCAAUCGGAACGCGAUUGGGGCCGAUUUCACACCACCAACACCAACGAACACACGCAAGCAAAGCUUCUUCGUCAGGUAUUUACCGUUCUGUUGUUUUCUUCGUUUUUUUUUGUAUGCUCUGGUACAUUACGAAAAAAAAGUUGCGAAAACGACUGUUUUAAACUGUGCAGCAUUCGCAUUCGCACAUUCGUUACUCCACUGUUUUACAUCUGUUUUUGUUUAAUUGUUGAAUAAUUUAUUCCGUCUCGUUCCGUAGAGCUUGUUGUAGUAAGACCGUGCGUUUGAUAAGUGUUUGAACGAUUGAACUCGUUCUCCGUAAACGCGACUAACACGUUUAAUCUUGUAGUGUAGGUGAUCGAUUCGAAUCGAUUUACUUUCCCACACCAUUAAAUCGAUAGACAUUUACCCCGAUCGCAACCUGUGGGGAUUAUUUUUAUAAAACUAAAUCAAAAUAUUCACAAGUAAUUAGAGAUGGCUUGACUAGAGGACAGGAACAUGACGCACAGCACAGUUUUGUAGUGGUUUUUAAAUUUCUGAGCAAAAAAAGCAAAACCCACGCACACACACACAUAAUCAAAGUACAGAUCAAAUAAUGGCUUUUAGAAGGGAGGAUUAAAGCAAAAAAGGUAGAGAAUCUCAAAGUACCAAACGCACCCGCAACACGACGAACGACACACACACAAACACACGCGAUAGAAAGUUCCCUUCCGGUAGAGAUAUCAGCAUGCGUUUUAAUGCGUUUUUUAAAAAGGGCGAAUUUUUAAUAGUGAUCAAUGUAACGAAUGUGGCAAAACUGGAACGAUUUCAAUGGGUAGAUUUAAAGCAACUGAACGAUCGGUUUUUUUUUUUCUUAUCGAAUAAAGAAAACCACGCUCGAGACCCAGUCACAGACAAAGGAUGAUAUUAAGUGGUUUUAUCUAGUUUUUAAAAGUUUCAACUUCUCUUAUUACGAAUAUGUGACAAAAAAGCGAGAAAAAAUGCCUGUUUGAAUAAAUGGAGAAUCCAAUUCAA